CGUAUUAUUUGCCAGAAGGUAAUACAUAAAAUAUUAAUUAAGAAAUGACGCAUGAGUUAAUUAAUAAUAACAUACCUUUUAUUGUUGUAAGAAAUUAAUCAAUGUGUGUUGAAUAUUUCAGGUCAUAAGGAUCGUUUCGCUUUUAUAUUUGAUUCUCCAAUUCUGGAUUACAUUGCUAUGCAGAGGCCAUGCAAUGUGGAACGAAUUGGAAGACUUUUCGGAUUACAAAAUUAUGGACUUGGUUUACCUAAAGGUUCUCCGUUUGAGAAACAAUUCACAUCAUCUAUCUUAAAGCUAAGAGAAGAAGGAUAUAUGGAUUUUUUGAAUAAACGAUGGUUUAUCAAUAAUUGUGCCGAUAAUAGAAUAGGAAGCGAAGAACAUCAAAUGGAUAUUAACAAUUUAGCUGGGGUUUUUCUGUGUUACGUGGGAGGAUUAACUAUGGCCCUCUUGUUCGUAGGUGUCCUGUGGAUAAGAGAAAAAACCAAGAGCAAUAAGAAAAUAGUUGUUUUACCUAAUCCAGAUCGUCGAUUUAUAUCGUAAGAAGACUGUUCUGGAUGAUUUUUCUUCACUCUGCU